AUGGCCGUGGAAAAUGCGGGAAUUUUGUUCUACACGGAGCACCGAUACUACGGCCACAGCUGGCCAUACGAAAAUGACAGUCUGUCCUUAGAGCAUCUGAAGCACUUAUCCCUGCAUCAAGCCUUAGCCGAUCUAGCGCAUUUCAUACGAUACCAAAAGUCGCACUCCAGCAAUCUAACACAUUCCAAAGUCAUCCUCGUAGGUGGUUCAUACUCCGGCAGCAUGGCAGCUUGAAUGACGCAUCUCUAUCCAGAACUUGUUACUGCCAGCUGGGCGUCCAGUGCUCCGCUGCUGGCCAAGGCGGAUUUCUACGAAUACAUGCAACUGGUUGAGCACUCUCUUAACCUGAGCUAUGGUCACAAUUGUACACAACGAAUAGAGAGGGGUCUUAACCACUUGGUGAAGCUAUUCAAUACGAACGAGACAACUGAAUUAUUAACAAGACUGAAUGCCUGUCCGAGCUAUAAUGCAAAUAAUUUGCUAGAUCGCAUGACCUUCUUCAGCGGCAUUGGCAAUUACUUUGCCCUAGUUGUACAGAGUUACAGUGCCUACAUUCCAGCGCUGUGCGAGACGCUUAUGUCGCUACACUCCAGCGACGAGGAGGCCUUGCACAAGUUUCUACAGCUGCUCUAUUUGGAUGGAAAGCGGUUGGGUGAAUACAACAACUGUCUGGACUUUAGCUACAAGUCAAUGUUGCAGCUGUUUAACGAAUUUUCCGACCGCAGCUCGGGCACACGCGCCUGGUUCUACCAGACGUGCAACCAAUUUGGGUGGUAUACCACAACCAGCCACAUUAACACCACAUCAACCAGCUCAACCUUUGGCCGUGAAGUGCCUUUGUGGUACUUUGAGCAGCUGUGCCGUGAUGCAUUUGGUUCAGGCCAGACUCCGGCAACACUUGCCUUGGGCAUUGCACAGAUGAAUGCACAAUUUGGUGGUCUCUCGUUUAACCAGAGCAUGCGUUAUCGUGAGGUGGUCUUUACGCAUGGUGAGCUGGAUCCAUGGCGGGCUUUGGGACAACAACAUGACCGCCAGGCGCUGGUUAUAGCAGGUUACUCGCAUGUGGAGGAUCUGACCAGCAUCAAUGUGCGGGACAGUGUGCCCAUGAAUCUGGCCAAGCUGCGUGUCAUGUCCUUUCUGCGGCGUCACAUUGCGCCCAUUUAG